GUGCGUAAGAUCCGGCCUGGGGGAAAGGGAUGAAUGUUAAUUUCAAAGAUGGCGGCGGAGGGAGGAGGGAAGGAGAUGAACGAAAUUAAAACUCAGUUCACCACUCGGGAAGGCGUCUACAAACUCCUCACUCACUCCGAAUACAGCCGUCCCAACAGGGUGCCUUUCAACUCGCAAGGCUCCAACCCCGUCAAGGUCUCCUUCGUGAACGUCAACGACCAGUCGGGUAACGGCGACAGGAUCUGUUUCAAUGUGGGCCGUGAGCUCUACUUCUACAUCUACAAAGGCGUUAGAAAGGCUGCUGACUUGAGCAAACCCAUCGACAAGCGUAUCUACAAGGGGACGCAGCCCACAUGCCAUGACUUCAACCACCUCACAGCGACUGCAGAGAGUGUGUCCUUGCUGGUCGGCUUCUCUGCUGGACAGGUACAGCUCAUCGAUCCCAUCAAGAAGGAGACAAGCAAACUCUUCAAUGAGGAGAGAUUAAUUGACAAGUCCAGAGUAACGUGUGUGAAAUGGGUCCCGGGCUCUGAGAGCCUCUUCCUGGUAUCCCAUGCCAGCGGGAAUAUGUAUCUGUACAAUGUGGAGCACACCUGUGGCACCACAGCCCCGCACUACCAGCUGCUCAAACAGGGGGAGAACUACUCGGUCCACACCUGUAAGAGCAAAUCUACGCGGAACCCCCUCCUGAAAUGGACGGUCGGGGAGGGGGCUCUGAACGAGUUUGCCUUCUCUCCUGACGGGAAGUUCCUUGGUUGUGUAAGUCAGGAUGGCUUCCUUCGGGUGUUCAACUUUGAUGCCGUGGAGCUCCACGGCACCAUGAAGAGCUAUUUUGGUGGCUUGUUGUGUGUGUGCUGGAGCCCCGAUGGGAAGUACAUCGUAGCUGGAGGGGAGGAUGAUCUGGUCACCGUGUGGUCGUUCUUGGACUGCAGAGUCAUUGCUCGAGGUCACGGCCACAAGUCGUGGGUGAGUGUGGUGGCAUUUGACCAUUACACUACUAGUGUGGAGGAAAGUGACCCAAUGGAGUUCAGCGGCAGCGACGAGGACUUCCAGGAUCAGAUGAUCCACUUUGGACGAGACCGGGCCAACAGCACUCAGUCCCGACUUUCCAAGCGCAACUCCACGGAUAGUCGGCCUGUUAGCGUAACGUACCGGUUUGGCUCGGUGGGCCAGGACACUCAGCUCUGCCUAUGGGACCUCACUGAGGACAUCCUUUUCCCUCAUCUUCCUCUGUCAAGGACACGGACGCAUACUAAUGUGAUGAACGCUACCAGCCCUCCUGCUGGCGCUACAAUUAUCACCAACACCUCUAAUAACACUACAAACGGAAGCAACAGCGGUGCCAAUACUCCUGGCAUUAAUUCCCUCUCUACUACUUUACCACGCUCCAACAGCCUGCCCCACUCAGCCGGCACCACCACUGCAAACAGCACCAACAAGACCGGCAGCGGGGGCGGUGGAAUCGGUAGCGGCAUCAUGGACAGUGCCAUCGCUACCGGCGUCAGUAAGUUUGCCACGCUGUCUCUGCACGACCGGAAGGAGCGCCACCACGAGAAGGACCACAAACGCAACCACAGCAUGGGUCACAUCAGCAGCAAGAGCAGCGACAAGCUAAACCUGCUGACAAAAACCAAAACAGACCCGGCUAAGACUCUGGGCACUCUGCUGUGCCCGCGUAUGGAGGACGUGCCCCUCCUCGAGCCCCUCAUCUGUAAAAAAAUAGCACAUGAGAGACUGACUGUACUCAUAUUUUUAGAGGACUGUUUAGUGACUGCUUGUCAGGAGGGAUUUAUUUGCACAUGGGCGAGGCCAGGCAAAGUGGGUUUAUUGUCAUCCCAAAACCAAGCCAGCUCUCCCAGUGGAACAGUAGUAUAGCCACAAUAUUUCUGCUGCUAAAGAACCCUGCAACCCAGAGUCUGAUGCUGCUCUUCACCCUGCAAGCAUUGCAAGUUUUCCUUUUCUUUUAUACCCUUCCCUCUGCCCGUUUUCUUAAUGGCUUCUCUGUUUGUUACUUGACUUAGAGGAGGAAUGAAACAGGAAAAGGUGUAGUGCUGUUGCGCUAUUGUUCUUUUCUACUCUGGAGUUUUAACACAUUUUAGAUUUUUUGAAGAUAUAUAUUUGUUUUGUGUCAGAUCUCCUCAGACUGUUAUCCUCUCUGGAACUAACGCUUGGCUUUGUUAAAAGCAAACCACACAGUUGAGAUUAAAUUGGUAGUUUAUUUCAUUUUAAUGUUCCAUGUUUCCCUUUCCAUGUCCUGCUACAUAACCCAGUCUAGGUUCAGACACAGAUUAAAAUAUCUAGUUUGGAAAAGUUUGUUUUGAGAAAAACGGAAAAAUUGACUUCCAUCCAUAUUCACCCACUACUGUCUUCUGUGACUAGAAUCUCCCCAUUAAUGACUUUGCACUGAUUUCUUUUUUUGUUGUUAGCUGUUUUGUUAUUUUUUAUACUACUCUAAUGGAACAAAAAAGAGGGUUGAUGACUGUCUUGUUGCACUUGGCUUAAGGCAGGAUGCUGCAAUCAUAGUCUUUUCAAGGAAAAAAUGGUUUGCACUUAAAUUAGUUUAUUAGAAGAUAAUGGCUUUACAUGUUUGGGUGUGCUAAGAACUUACAAAUGGCUAAUACAUUAGGUGAAGAAAAUGCUAAAAAAAUAUUAAAACCUUUAUCUAUUGAGCAUUUAUUUUAAUAUUAUUUCAGAUUCAAAUCUGCUCUGUAUCAUAAUGUGUAUAUUGUAAUUAAUUGAUUUGAUGGGGGCCUAAGCAAACUACCAUUACUCCAGUGGAAGUUUUGUCAUUGAUAGUUAUAUUUCUAAAGCCUAAAGUAUACAUAUUAAUAAUAUUAAAAUAAUCUUGAAUACA